AUGGGGGAGGCAAAUGUGAUCUGUACUGAGAACACAAUGACAGUGGAAGUGGAAAAGUCCUCAAUCAUUGGACUUCAUGAGGACCACUUGCGUCUCAAUGACCCAACAUGCACCCUCACAUCAAAUAGCACCCAUGUAAUCGCUGCCAUGUCCCUCAACUCUUGUGGAACACAGUUAGAGGAGGAUGAUGAAAACCUGAUCUUCAAAAAUGAAAUUACUUCAUUUGACAAAAUCACUGAUGUUAUAACUAGGAAACAUGAGGUGGAGAUUGGUUUCUCCUGCGUGUACCCCAAGAAAGGCCAGGUGUCUUUGGAGUUCAGGGCACACAAGAUACCCUACGUGUUCACAGAAAAAGGCUUUGGAAAGUUCACCUAUGAGUUUGAGUUCUUCAGCAAUUACCUGUUCAAUAGUAAGGUGGACCCAAGUACCUACCCAGUGGAAGUAGUGCUGAAGGAUAUGAUUUACAUGGAAAUCAAAGCGACUACCUCUCUCGCCAACACUGUGCUGUUUGUGGAGUCAUGCAGAGCAACCCCAUAUGAUGACCCCAACUACCACAUUUUCUACAACAUCAUUGAAAAUGGGUGUACAGUGGAUGAAACAUUGGUGGUCUAUUCAAACAACAACACAAAAUACAGAUUUGGCAUGGAAGCUUUCAAAUUCAUUGGGCAGUAUGAUGAGGUAUACAUCAGCUGUUCAGUAAUUCUGUGUCAGGCCGGAGAUCCCUAUACCAGAUGCUCUAGGGGUUGUGUCAAUGCCACGGCCUCCCCUGUAGUGCACCAUCAUCGCAGGAGAUCAGUGACCUCAGAGACUUCCAGGCACUUCAUUUCCCAAGGCCCUUUGCGUCUAAAAAGAAGCUCAGACAGCACAGUUUCCAACAUGGCCUUGAACAUGAACCUGGUUUUCAUCGCUGGUACUCUCCUGGCUGCAGUUGCCAUGGUGUGUGGAGUAGUGAUAUACAAGAACAAGGGGAUGAAGGUCAAAUAUCAACCACUUCCAUCCAAUGACUUUUGA